UGUGGGGAUUAGCCUCGAUUCGAGAGUGCCACUAAACCACAGAGACUCCUAAUGCGUUGCGCCACCAAAAGCAGAUCCCCGAAAGAACCAAGCAAAAAAAAGUGAACCCAAAUGAAGGCUCCGCCAUCCGUGGAACAUGGUGACAACAAUUAAGAUAACCUGCGAUGGGAUCUUCAUUCAAUCCUCAUCGAACUCCGAUCUCAUGCCCACGCCAGCGGCAGGCGCAGCACCCGGUGGAGCAUCAUCCCUGCCAGGAUUGCGGGGAGCAGCGGAAUCCCUUGGAUCAGACCACAAUCUAAACGAAAGCGACAAUUCGCAGACGAGCAGCGGCAGCCAGAGCGCCUCCAGCCACGGCAGGCGAUCCCAUCGAUCGGCAGGCGGCGGCGGAGGAGAAGGAGGAACAGGAGGUCGCCAGGAUCCUCGGAGGCGGUACUAUUUCGGCAGCAAGGACAUCUACUGGUGCAAGCAGAGCCUUGCGCCUGGUGGGGGCGGAUUGACGCGCAGCGCCAGCAGCGUCACCCACAAGGAAUCCAAAUCCACGAGCGGCACCCUCUCGGGGGGUCAGGUGAUAGCCAAGGCACGCCGCAAGCCGAUCCUCCUCUGCAGCAGCCUCAGCGCCGCCUACGCCCCGCCGCGUCGCAAGGAGUUCUACUUUUGCGACAAGUUUGCUCCCACGAGCAGCGGAAGAAGCGCCACCCCUACCAAAAGUGCAGCAGCCGUGCCUCCAGCUGCAGCCGCAGCCGCAGCCGCAGCCCCCACGGCCCAACCCAUUGAUGCCCGUUUGCUGAACUUCCUAAGGAGCGCCCAUCGAAAGUUCCAGGCGGCCAAGAGCAGAUCGGAGCAGCAGCAGACCAGCAGUCACACCAAAGAGAGAUCGUCGACGUCGUCCAGAGGAAAGGGCCCGGCCAGGCCAGCCGCCCAGACCCCGACCCAGAGCCAGACCCAUCGCUCCCUUCCGCCCAUCGUGACGACCGAUGAUUGGUUUGACGAGGACGAAGCCUUAGAGAAGGAAAACUGCAAAGCAGGAAAACAGCAGAAGAAACCCAAGGAGAAGCUUCACUCGAGGACAUCUUCGGGCGAGGGCCAGGACCUGAUCACAGUUGAGAUCAAGCAAGGACAUUUAAGGAAGCUCUCAAAGGCCAAAGAUACAGAUACAGAUAGAGAUACAGUAGAUAGAGUAGAUACAGGUACGACUGGCACGCCACAAGCAGCGUCACCGGCUAUGAACAGUCACGCGACCGCCACACAGAACGGACAAACAACGGUCGUCGGACACCAUCGCGGAUUCUCGCAGCCAUCGGUGACGGUGGCCGCCGCAGCAACGGCGACGGGCAGCACAUCGGGGGAUCCAUGGUUCCUGCAGACCACCGGGCACCAGAUGCCGCCAACAGCACCGCUGCGUCACAACAAGCGGCCGGCGCCACAGCCGAAUGUCGCCGGGAUCGUAGGAGGAGGAACGGGAGCCGUGGGGGCCGUGCUGCUCCACCAGCAACAGUUGAGCCAAUCGCAGCCGCACAUUGUGCCGCCGAGCAUACCGCCCCACCAUCACCAUCAUCGCGAGAACAAUGUGCAUCCCAGCCAGGCCGGAGGGGCGGCGUCAGCGGUCGCCUUGCAUUUGUCAUCGCAUGCGCUUAAUAGUCAUAAUUUAAUCAGCAGCAGCAGCACCAGCAAUCACCAAUCGCCCAAAUCCCCCAGCCAGACACAGCAGCAGCAGCUACAGCAGACGACGCAACUGCAGCAGCAGCAGCAACAGCAGCAGCCACCACAUAGUAUACUUUCCACAUUUGCUCCUGUGGCUGCCGCACAGCCGCCUGCCCAGCCAGCGGGGGCGGGUGUGGGGGUAACCGCCGCAGCCGUGGCCGCCGUUGCCCAGCAGCAACAGCAGCAGCAUCUCCAGCUGCUGGCCAACUGUGCUGCUGCGUCCGGCGGUAAUCUGAUGUCCUCCUCGAUGAAUGCCGCUCAAAUGGCCCUGCAUGCCGCCGAGCGGGCGCUGCCGCCAAAGAGCCUCGCGCUGAGUGGGAGCCAGCACGGCAGCAACAUGCUGCUGCACACUGUGGCCCCCACCGGCAGCUCCUCCGGCACCCAAGUGCCGCCCCAGCCAUCAUCCGGCGCCAGUGGGACGGCGGGCAUGUCCACUUCCCUGCACAGCUUCGACAUCAACGGGGCAGCGGGAUGCGGAGGAGGCGUGAAUGUGAACGCGGCAAGCUCUUGGUCGAGCGGCUCCACCACAGCCAUGAACCAUGCAGCCUCCCUAUCGCCAACAGCUCUAGCCCCGCAGCAGCUGCGGAAGUGCGAGGUGAAGCUGAAUGCCAUGCCGUGGUUCCAUGGCAGCAUAACGCGCGACGAGGCGGAGCAUCUGCUGCAGCCGCGCGAGGAUGGGCUCUUUCUGGUGCGCGAAUCCACAAACUUUCCGGGGGACUACACGCUCUGCGUCUGCUUUCAGUCGAAGGUGGAGCACUAUCGCGUCAAGUAUCUGGAGAAUAAGCUAACAAUCGAUGACGAGGAGUACUUUGAGAAUCUGGGGCAACUUGUAGCGCACUACGAAGCAGAUGCGGAUGGGCUGUGCACGCAGCUGAUCAAGUGUUUGCCAAAGCUGGGGAAGCAGGAGUUUUGCAUCAAUUCCAAGGACUUCGUGGACAAGGGAUGGGUCAUACCCGAAGCAGAGCUGCAGCUGCGCGAGAGCAUUGGCAAGGGGGAGUUCGGGGAUGUGAUGCUGGGCAUUCUACGCAACGAGAAGGUGGCCGUCAAGAUGCUCAAAGAUGAGGGCGCCGUCCAAAAGUUUCUGGCCGAGGCAUCCGUCAUGACCACUCUGGAGCACGAUAACCUGGUCAAGUUCAUUGGUCUGGUGUUCACCAGCAAGCAUCUGUAUCUGGUUACGGAAUACAUGAGCAAGGGAUCACUGGUUGAUUACCUACGUUCGCGCGGACGACAGCACAUAACCAAAAAGGAUCAAAUCAUAUUUGCCUUCGACACUGCCUCUGGGAUGGAGUAUCUGGAAGCCAAAAAGGUUGUGCAUCGCGAUCUGGCUGCGCGCAAUGUCCUCAUAUCCGAGGACUGUGUGGCCAAGGUAUCCGAUUUCGGUUUGGCACGCGAGGAAUGCUAUAAUCUCGAUGUUGGCAAGCUGCCCAUCAAAUGGACAGCACCCGAGGCGCUCAAGAAUGGGCGCUUCUCCAACAAAUCGGACAUGUGGAGCUUUGGCAUACUCCUAUGGGAAAUCUACUCCUUUGGGCGUGUGCCUUAUCCCAGAAUUCCCCUGGCCGAUGUCGUCAAACACGUAGAAGUUGGCUACAAAAUGGAAGCGCCCGAGGGCUGUCCACCGGAAAUAUACGAAAUGAUGCGCCAGGCAUGGGAUCUGAAUCCGGCCAAACGACCCACAUUCGCAGAGCUGAAAGUGAAGCUGCAGCUGCUGAACAAUGCCACAGCGUGAGGAGAUCCCAGAGGAUCCAAAGCGAACUUCAAGCAGCACUAAAACGAGGAAGGGCGCCGCCCCCAGAAAGGGUAAAGAGCCCUUGCCCUUCGAGACUCCAGACUCCAGUGGAAGCUGGACACUGGACACUGGACAUGACACAGAACGCAACAAUUUUUCGUACGAUUAUAUACAUGGAAUAUAUAUAUAACAACUAAUUUACCACAAAAUUUAUUUACAUAUAUAAUUUAUGGAGUAAGUUUUGUAAGCGUAAACGUAGGCCUAAGCUAAAGAAGGAGAACCCAACACAAUCAAUCAAUCAUCCAAAUGUGACUCCAGAUGUUAGUGAGAGUCCGUCCCCCAGCCACAGCCCCCACAGCUUCGCUUCCGACAUAUACAAUAUAACGUUGUACGCGCGAGUAUCUCAAUAAAUUUGAAUCAUAAAUUAACCAGCAGAAGAUGAGAGAGGGAGAGGAGUUUAGAGGCAGAGGCAGAGGAGGAUACUCGUACUACUACUACUACUACUACCUUUAAUUGCAACAUUAAUUACAUUAUUAUAUGUUAUGUGUACACUCUUCCGAUCAACGUUUCUUCGCUUCUCUGGAAAUUCGUAAAUCAAAUCGUUAUAAUCGUAUCAUUUAUGUUAUAGAAUACGCAUACAUAUGAGUGCCCCCUCCCCCGCCUGACCACCAACCCGGCUGAGGAGUGGGCGCAUGUCUAAAUCAAUUGUUUAUAGAAUGUUUCGUCUCUUAAGUUUUAUUCUACGACUAGUUCUUUAUACACUACUUUUCUGUUGACCAUUUCUGUUUGUAGCACAAAAGAUGAGCGGGAAGAGAACUUGUCCAACAAGUUGUCGGGGUGGGGAGGGAAGGGGAGGGGAGGCAAAAGGCAAGCAGAAAGUUAGUUAAAUUUAGUUACAUUUAUUUGUAUGGAAAAUAUAAAAAAAAUCAAAAAGGAAAAACCAACAAAAAUUAUGCAAUGGAAAAGGAUUGAAAUGGAAAAAAAAAUCAAAACAAAAAACACUUGUGAAAAUAUGCAUUAAAAUGAAUACACACACACACACACACACAUAAUACGGAUAAGAAUACGAAUACACUUAAUCGUCGUACAUAAACUAUGCAUGUAUUUAGCAUAUACCGAUUAAUUAUCAUUAAUUAUCGAUAUACAAAUACUAUCAAUUAUCGCAAGCGCAAAUUGAAAUUCCUUAAUUUGUUCGGUCCAUGUCCAAGGAAUCUCUCUCCUUCUCUGUACUCCUACUCCUAGAACGCGAUGCAGCUAGCGGAAAGGCAAAGGAAACAAAAAAAAAUUGUAAUUUAUUUUUUAAAUAUAUACCACGUAAUUUACUUAACACGUACGUAAUGUUUACGUUUACGUUUACGGCGCAUUCUUGUACAUUUGCGAUUUGCUUUUUAAUAUCCUGUCCCCCGAUUAGCCCACACUUUGCUUUAACACUUACAUUUAUACUAUAUAUUUUAUACACACCAACAAAACACAUACACACACACGUCCACAUGACACACAUUAAUUAUAAUUAAUUAAUUUUAAAGUUAUUAUUUUUUUAAAACACAUCAAACAUAAAACAAUCAAUCAAUCAAUGUGAAGCGCGACCCAAGUUCGUUCUCUUUAAGCCACACGCCACACACACAAAUUGCACUUAAAAAAAUACAAGGACGACAAGAAGGUGAUUUAAGGAAGGAAGGCAGCCGCCAGAGCAGCAGUUCUGAAACUUUUAAUAAAAGUAAAAAAUACCA